AGACACCGACAGAAAGCAUCAUUUGAGGAACUUAAGCUUAUCUAGUCAUCAGCCAAAGAGGAGUGAGGAGACUCAGUCUGUCCUCCUGCAGUUCAAUGAUCAGUCUUCACUAAGACAACCUCAGAAUGGAUAUUCACCAUCUGCUGAUCUUCUGCUUCCUAUCAGGUGAGGUCCAAUCACCUGAGUAUCUCACACUGCUUUUUAACACUUACUCACUGCCUCUGUAUCUCUGCCGUGUCAAGAAUCUGAAGCCUCUUAAGCCUGCAGUCUGUUUUAAGAUCCAGAGUUAGUGAAGUUGACAGAAAUUUUGAAGAAGUUGAAGUUGAUAGAGUCGAUAGAAAUUUUAUCUAUUCGGUUCCUUUCUUUCUGAUUUGCAGGGUCAGUAUUUAGCCGGUUAUGUUUACUUCUGCUCUGACAUCAUUUUUAACAACUUUGUUUGCACACAUCAAAUCAAACUGAACGACUCUAAACUCAGACUUUGCUCAUGGACCAACCACCCAUGGUAUUUUUUGACUGCACACAUAUCUUUUCUUAUGCAGCCUUCGAUCUCUGACAUUUCUGUAACUAAAUGAAUUAUCUUAUAAAGACAGGGUAAUUUGGGUAUUUUUCAUAAAGUCUAACUGAAUGUUUGGCUAAAGGUUCUGACUUUAAUGCCCAAACACUCCAUGAGAGCAUCCUCUAAAAUCACUUAAGGUAAAGACUGAAAAUCAUAUACUGUUUCAGUACUUUUGGCUCUCAGAUCCUCCCCUAACUUUGACUGUUUUCAGAGUGAUCUGUGCUGCUCUUGUUCCUGUUUAUUAGCAGCAAAUUAAGCCAAUUCGUUCAUGCCUCCUGCUCACUUUGCCUCACUCAGUGUUCAGUUGUCCUUUCCUGGUAACAAUAAUUGUUUUCAUGAAAAUAACUCUCACUGUUUAUAAAGUAUGUCUCCUCUGUCUUUUACUGUUUAUACCAUUUCUUUAACAUUAGAUCCUCAUUACGUCUUGAUCUUUUCCACAGCUCUAAGUGGAGGAAACAACGGGCUUGUCAGCGCAAAAGUCAACAUUUAUACUUUCACUAAAGGACAACAUUUUUCCAUUAAUUGUUACCUACAAUCAUCUGGGAGCUGGAGGUUCUUCUGUAAGAACCAAUGUGAUGCAGACGAUAUUCUCAUCAGAACAGAAGAGGUCCAGAGUCAGGUGGGCAGGUACAGCAUGAGUUACAAAAGUGAGCCUACCUCCUCCACAGAGGGAAUCCUGAAUGUGAAAAUCCUGAAUGGAGUCAAGUCUGAUGCAGGCCUGUACAGAUGUGGUUUGGGCAGCUCUUCUGUUACAGACUCUUCCACUGACUUUGAGUUCAGAGUUUGUGAUGGUGAGUUGUUUUUUUGUUUGUUUGUUUGUUUGUUUGAUUGUUUUAGAAAGACAUGAACCAGAUGUAUUUAAUGCACAACCUGCUCAUUUAGAGCUGAAAAAUAUGUGCUCAAUUUAAGUUUAAUAAUAGGAACAUAUCAAGAAGUUGUUACAGGGUCAUGUUUUUCAGUGUGUGUCCUCAGCUCUUCUUUUACUAACACUUUGGCAGCAGAUGUUGCUCCUAAACCUGCAGAUAUUGUUCAGCAUUAAAUGAGCCUUUACAGAUGUGGAAGAUACCCAUGACAUGGACUCUGAUGAUCCCCAUACCAUCAGGGCCUUUAGCUAAAUCUGAAAGAGACAUAUUCUAUACAAGGCACAACAACAUUUAUUACUAAAUCAUGUAAACUGAGGGCACUUAAUUGCAUUUAGAAAGUUAAAUGAACUUUUCAAAUGUUUUUUUUAGAAGUCUCAUCUUUCCCCCUGUUUAACUGUCAGUCUGCUAGAACCUCCUCUCAAAUCUAGAUAACAUUCCUGCUCCUGGUCUGGUGUUUUGUUGAUUGGCCAACAUCUUCAAUCCACGUUAAUAUCUGCAGCUCUGCUGUUGAUGUUUAAAUUCUGGUUUGCAGAAAAGGACCCAGAGUCCAAAUGUGAUGAACUAAGCUUUCCACUGACUUAUUUUUUUCAGAAGCUACUGAGUCCACAGAGUUUUAACAACAGUAAAAUACUGCCCUUUGGCUUAAUCAGCUGUAGCUGGCCAGUAUUUGACUAAAAGUAGCAAUUAAUGAGUCCUUUAUAUUUCAGAAAUGGUUAUGGUGUGUUAUUACAUUUUUUAAAGUAACUGGUUAAACUACAUGUCACUGAAAACUCCUACAAACCCAUGGUCUUGCAACAGCUGAUCAAUCACGCUGUUCCAGUUCAGCAGCUCCUAUUGCUUGUAUUGAGAGGAGAGAGUGCGCAUGUAUAACUUUAUAACGUGGGUCUGAGGUUGUGCUGUGGACCGGAAACAAGUGAUAGAUGUGUAAAUUUAGACAAACUCUACAUUUUUACUGUAGCUUAUUACUGAGUUGGUGAAAAAUAUAUAAAACACUUUUUAAAAAAUCUGACUUAUUUUUUAAAAAGAAGUAUCCAGCUAUAGUCUGCCUUUCUCCUUGUUGGGAGAGGUGGUUUGGCGCCCUAGCACCCCUAUUGACCUGUUGCCACUGCCAUUAUUUUGAAGCUGAUUUUCCAUUAUUGCAGAAGUUCUUCAGUGUUGCCCUGUUGUCUCUGUCCCAGCUCAGAUGUUUUGUUGGUGUCUAAUUUAAAUAAGAGAAUCUUUGAAAAUAUUUCAUUACUUACAGGGAUUUAACGAUUUGCAAAGUCUGUCUUUCCCAACGUUUGAUAAUUUCCCCAACAUCUUUUAAAAUGGAGUUGUACAGCAUUAUAUGUAUGUAUGUAUGUAUGUAUGUAUGUAUGUAUGUAUGUAUGUAUGUAUGUAUGUAUGUAUGUAUGUAUGUAAACCCUGCAGAUUUUACAUUUUUGUUUCACCCUACUUACACCAUCAGUUUCAUUCAUUGACAGACAAUGAGCAGAACUCAAAACUUAAACAAUGCAAAGUCAAAAUCUCAUUAAACUGCUGUAACUGCAGAACUUUUGACUGUGUCACCAUUAUCUGUCUGUCCAGAGACACCAUUGGAAGGACAUACUGGUGUAAUCCGCACAGAGUUUGAAGGAGAAGAUGUCCGCAGUAUAUGCUCCAGUUCUGUCUACAGACAGUGGAAGUUCCUCUGUAAGGGUGAAUGUAAGACAGACGAGGACAUACUGAUUGAAACAGAAGCAAGCAACACUCAGAACGGCAGAUACGGCCUUGAGUAUACCAACUAUCAACUCUACCUGACCAUCAAACAGGCCACUAAGUCUGACACAGGAAAGUACAGGUGUGGUUUUGGCAAAGCUCUGUCUCCAGAUUCAUAUUAUACAUUCCCACUGAUCGUCAUAGAAGGUGAGUUUUUAUGUCACUUCAUUUGAUAACACCUCUUCUAUUAAUAUUACUCCUUCAAGAGUGAACUCCACAAUAGAUGAACUGUAUGCCAUCUUUGAGCACAUGGUGUUUUUUUAACCAUUUAAUGAUCAUAUUUUGGACAAAGAAUCUACAUGUUUUUUAAUUAAACAUAUUUUAACUCUUUUCAUGUGAAGGAAAAAAAACUAACCUUUGACCUCCAGCAAAGUAGAGUGCUGUUUAUCCUUUAACAGGCAGAAACCUCAAACAGAACCAGACUCAUGUUAGACAGCCACCUGUUGAGACUGAGCUGGGUUUACAGAGGGGAGAGAGGGAGAUGGACGGAAGUGAAACUGAUGCUUGUAGUUGAAGCAGUUGGAAAGCAGUCAGGUCCACAACAGCAGGACGUCUGCAGCAGCUAUUCAGAAGAACCUUCGGCAUGAUGGAGCUCAGGGACUCCCAGAAAAGACUGCAUUACUGACAUGAUGAUUCAGAGUUAAUGAGACAGACGGACAAAAGGAGGAUGGAGAUGGAAGGAAAGAUGCUCAAUAUGCCAGUACCCCUAGCAGUCUAAACCAGGCAUGAACCAGAUUGAAGCUUUACCAAAAUAGAAAGUUUAAAGACAACUCUAGAGAGGGUGUCUGCCCCCCCUUCACCUCCACUGGUAGAUGAUUCCUAACUGAAAGCUCUACCACCCAGACCACUUUCACAGACUUCAGACCCAAAUCAGGUGCUGGUUAAUAUUACUUUAGACUUUGAAAGAUCUGGACUCUGACUCUCUCUGACAUCUCUCUCAUUAGCCUCCACACAACCACAUAUAUGUCCUCCACCAACACCACCACCAGGUGAAGUACAGCUCAUAAGUAAGUCAUUAUUUCUAAGUUGGUCAAGAUUCCACAUCCUGUAGUUGAAAUUCAAGAUAAAAUACAUAUUUCUAUUUCAAAUUGUGAUCAGGCGACUUGUCUCUCUCUUCUAAGCCCCUCUGAUGUCUCGCCUCGUGCCUCUGGUCGUCAGUGAGCUCCUGGUUUUUGGGCUGUUGGCUGUUUUUCUGAUCAUCCUCUGCAUAUGGAAGGCCAGGAGAAACUUUGGGGUGAACACUGGUGAAAAUGCAGACGGUGUGAACAUGGAGGUGACUUCUUUUGACUGGAGUCAAAGUACAGAUACAUUUGACAACACUUACAAUUACUAUUUUGGAUAACUGCUUUUAAAAAACACAUGAAUUCAGACUAAUCUAAAGUUCACAUUCUGCCAGUCUAUAUUAAUUUAGAAAACAUUAUUCACACUUUUAAACUCACAUGCUGCAGGUUUUCAAAAUGAGAUACAAGAACUUAAGCUUAGCUCAUCAAGAAUACAACAAAUGACUGGAGUUUCAUCUUCAAUCUGAAAAUUGACUUGUUACUGUGCAUGUCUGGUUUUCAGAAUCUGUCUUCAGUCCCUGAAAAACAAGAACAUUGAUCCAGCCAGCAGAGACCAGGACCAAACCUGAUGUAGUCUGUAGGGGCAGCAGGAAAAUCUCCAGAUCAGCUAAAUAUGUGCUUUAAAAAUUCUGCUUUUGUACCAAAAAUGAAACUAUAUUAUUGGGCCGCACAAUUACACAAGGCAGUAGAAUGCUUAAAACAAAAUAAAGAAACAAAAUUCAUGCCCCAGAAUCUCACUCCAAGUAUUUCCAUCCUAUUUAAAUGAGAUACGGACAAAAAACAAGAACAAAAUUUCAACUAUUUGGAUAAAGUGCACACACAAAGUUUAAAACUGUAAGGGAAAAAAAUUAAAUGCACCGCAGUCGAUAUCUAGGGCAAUGAAAAUUUCCAAGAUAAUGGAUUUCAAGCCUAGACAAGACUGGGAAAAUAAGGGCCUUAUUUUUAUUGAUGACGUAUUUGAUAGUAAAACCCUGAAGUCAUUUAACCAUUUACAGGAAAAAUUUGGUUUGAUAUCCACAGAUUUCUACAGGUUGAGAAGCUACCUGACUUCACAUAAAGAAUGGCAGUCUCUUACAUUACAGCCUUCUGAUUUAGAACUUUUCUUCAUCAAGAUCAUAAAGAAAAUGGAUGGUAAAAAAAAAAUUGUAUCACAUUUAUAUAAAUGACUACAGACAAUUGUAACAGGGGGCUCUCUUGGAAUAAAGGAAAAGUGGGAAUUAGAAAUGAAAGUUGUGAGUGAAGAUGAAAUUUGGAAACAAGCGUGUGAGAAUGGGAAUAAACUGACCAGCAGCCCCACAUGGAAAAAUUUCAUAUGGAAAGUGAAUACCCGCUUUUUCGAAGAUUCAUUUAUCAUCUCUAAAUUUGGCGAAACAAAGACAAACCUCUGCUGGAGACAAUGCAGACAAAUUGGAGAUCACACACACAUUUUCUGGGAUUGUCCAAAACUGAAAAUAUACGGGUGGAACUUUCUAACAUCUUAAAAAUUAGCAUAGAGAAUGACCCGCUGAUCUUCUUUGGGUGUUUCCCUAUGACUUUUUAUGUAAAGAAAGAAUGUACCUCCUCAAAAUCCUCAUAACAGUGGAAAAAAACAUGAUAACUACGUCCUGGUGUAAGCCAUUACCCCGACCAUAGACCAAUGGAAAGAACGACUUAUCAAGAUAUACAGAGCGUUAAAAAUAAUGGCAAAGGUCAACCUCAACAUAGCCUUAUUCAAGAAGAGAUGGAAUUUACUCAUUUCUUACCUUGGACGAACAUACAGGACACUUAUGUGAUUCAGCAUCAUAUAGGCACCUACAGGCCUGGACCCUCUAAAGUAAAAGGGUGUGUUUUUUGUUUUCUAUGUUCACCACCUUAUCUUAAAUGUAUUGAGAGGCUGAUAAAAAUGUGGCUUUAUGUCUGUGUAGGUUCUCAUUCAUCCAGGUCGUGUUAAUCUUUUUCAUAUAAACUUUAACCUUUU